GUCAACCAAGCGCUGCGGCACUGCUUUAGGUAAUAGAAUCUCUGGGGUGCUGAUCCUCGACUACCCUCGUGACACCUCGUGACAACCACUCCCCGUCAUAAACGUCGAAGGACCCCCUUCACCCGGACGGAGGCGACGACACCUGUAUGCUUGUCAAAGACACCUCAAUUGUCGCCGACAACAUUCUCUCCACUGCAACCCACUCGAGUCUCUGGCACACCAGAGUCUGAGUACUGUACCACGCAUGAACGAGCAAGAGUUUCUGGCGCGCCUCCCGCCGUGGCUCAGCCACUGGCUCGGCUACCGCGCCAGCCCUCCUCAGCCCCUCCCCAAGUAUCAAAUCUGGCUGUGGUCGUUCAUUUCCGCCUUCUGCGGCCUCUGCGUCGUCCAGGCCAUCUUCAACUACUCCCACUACUUCCUGGACCGACAUGUCCCGGGCAUUAUCGCCUCCUAUGGCGCCUCCGCCGUCCUCGUCUACGGCGCCAUCGAAAGCCCGCUGGCGCAGCCGCGCGCCCUCGUCUUCGGCCACUUCCUGAGCGCCCUCGUCGGGCUGUGCGUGACCAAGCUCUUCAGCCUGAUGCCCGACGAGGCGCGGUUCGAGUCCCUGCGCUGGCUGGCCGCGGCGCUCUCGUCGGCGGUGGCCGUCGUGGUGAUGCAGGUCACCGAGACCACCCACCCGCCCGCCGGCGCCACGGCCUUGCUCCCCGCCACCAACGACGCCGUCUGGCAGCUCUCCUGGUACUACCUGCCUGUCGUGCUGCUCUCGUCCACCAUGCUGCUCGCCGUCGCCCUGCUGGUCAAUAACCUCCAGCGCCGGUACCCCGUCUUCUGGGUUGCGCCGGUCAAGCCGCGACCCGCGUUGCCGCGGGCGGAGCCGAAGUAGGAGGUUCUAUCCGGUGUCGGUGUCGGUGUUGGCGUUGGCGUUUUUGCGUUGUUCGGAUGGGGUUCUUGCAGUGGGUUGUGGGCGUUAUGUGGGUUAGAGGUUAGAAGUUCUGGGUUACGGUCGAAGAGCCUUGCGUAAUCAUUCUGUGGAGGGUACUCUGGUUCCAUAUAGAUCCUUAGAAGACGCGAUAUUCAUUUCUAGUUUCGAGGAUUUC